AUGGGAUCCGAGAAACUCAAUGAGAAGCGUCGUCGCGCCGAACACGCAACCUCGGCGCUUUCGAAGCCAUUCAAGUCUCCCCUCCGUCGACCAGCGCAGACAACGGAGGCCAAAGACGCAUCGUCACCCACAAUCACAAAACAUAUCUCCUCGUCUGCACAUCAAAUUAAAGAAGCUCAUUCAGCUGAGAAGAUACAAGAGCAACCUGCAACCUCGACCACAAUUGCGUCCAACGCACCCAUCAACUCGCCAUCAUCUAGUACUUUGUCACCUCUGGGCCUAGGAAGUCGCAAAAGGAAGAACCCGGCCAGUUAUCUAACGCCAACUAAGAAGCCGGUUCUCCUAGACCCAGAGAUCACCGAGCUCCAGAAGCAGCAAAGAGCGCUGCAAUCGCGUCUUUCGGCGCUGCGUUCGGAACUAGACACAGCGCAACAAGCUCUCCGGGUUGAAUCCUCGGAUAAAGACACCGAGCUGGAGAAAUUGAUCGCGAAAUGGAAAACCGCAAGUCAGGAUGCAGCGGAGGAGGUGUUUGCGGGUGCGCAGGAACGUGUGGCUCGGCUUGGGGGCAUGAAGGCGUGGAAAGAGCAGAUGCGCAAUAACAGUACAAGAUGGGAGCAGGAGGAGAUGAAUUCGUGGUAUGGGAGUGGCGAUGCCGAGGGGGUUGAUGUCGAUGAAGAGGAGUUGGAGUCUCGAAAGGCGGAGAUGCUGGAGCAAUGGGAUGUUCCUGGGAAGGAGGUUGAGGGUAAGAAACGGGAGGAUUCUAUUGAGGAAGAGGAAUUUACUAUGGACUUCAUGCUGAAGACAUUGAAUGUUGAUUUGAAGCUUAUCGGGUACGAUAAAGAGAGUCAGAGAUGGGUUAAGGAUUGA